CUAAUAACUUUUGAUUAACGAUUUUCCGGCAUUCGAGUUUGGAAAGCAAUGCAGUAAAGAUCGCAUAAGAAAAUUUGUAGUUACUUUUAAUUUUGAUGGGCAAGUAAAAAAUUGUUGCUGAUAAUGUUACCCCAAUUGCUCUUAUGUCGCAAUCUUGCGCGUUCAGUGCUGCGGACGUGGAGUCGAGGUGCCUCCAACUCCGAAACCACACAGGAUGAUGUUAUUGUGGACUUUGAUGAUCCAGAUCAUCUGCCGCUGCCCGAGUAUCCAAAACGUCCCAAUGAGCCGCUAAAUAAGCGAAAACAGCGUUUGCUUUACCAAUCUCGCAAACGCGGCAUGCUCGAGAAUGAUCUGCUACUGAGCACUUUUGCUGACAAGUACCUCAAAGACUUCAACGAGGCACAAACUGAAGUCUAUGACGAUCUCAUCAAUGGAGUAAGCAAUGAUUGGGACAUUUACUAUUGGGCAACGGGAGUGAAGCCAACACCCCAACAGUACAACACAGAGAUCAUGAAGUUACUCAAAGAACACGUCCGCAAUGCAGAGAAAGUCACUCGCUUCCGUCAGCCAGAAUUGACGUAUUAUUUGUAAAAAUAGUUGCUCGGGGAAAACGUAGACAAGGCAACUGAGAACCGUUGCAGUUGGCCUUGGGGCUUAUAGUUUUCCCCCCCGAAUUCCACGCACAACACUUCACACCACAUCCCACAUCCGAAUUCCUGCCUAGCUUGGCUUCUCGUCCUUUUACUCUUUAGUGUUGUUUGCUUGUUUUACAUUAGUGUCACGAAUUAAAACAUGAACAAUGCUUGCUGCA